AUGUUUGAAGAACAAUUAUUAGAAAUCCAUGAAAAUUCUGGGAUCCAAGGCUUUCUCACAAAGCCUCUUUUUGAAAGCAGACUUAAACUUUACACAUUUGGUUUUUUUGGGAAACUGUUUAAACUUAAAUAUAGUCGCAAAAUAAAACAAAGGCACCAAUUUACAUUGGAGACAACAGUAAAUUUAAUUUUGAUGCUCCAGCUGAUAUCUUUGACUUGAUACCCAAAUUAUAAAAUUUCUGGAUGAGAAUCAUAUUCAUUAUUUUGAAAAAUCUUAGGGAUCGUAAGUUAUGAUGAGCUUUGUUUUGAGUAUGGUGCCCAAGAUAUUUGUUUUUAUGGUACAAUAGGGCUUAUUGGAACUUGCAUAAUUUGUUUUGUAGUUUUUGGGGUUUUUAUAUAUAUAAUAUAUAUUAAAUUGAUAUUAAAAAAUAUAGUGACUAAUGCAGAGGUAAAAUUUAUAGAAAAUAAUUUAUGGCUUUAAGAUAAUAAAAAAUAAAUAAAUUAAUAUAGCGUAUCAAAAAAGAGCCACCUGGCAUCAUAACAGCCUUGCCAAGGAAAAUUACUAUGGCGCUAACCACAAUUUGUUUUAUUCCAAGCCAAAUAAUAAUGCUCAUGGUUUUUAAAUAUUCAGUUGCUACAAAAAGAGAAGUUAUUGAGUAUGAAAAUUCAACAAGAAGCCAGCUUGACUAUGGCGCUGCUGGAGGAAUGGUAUCAAUUAUUUUGUGUAUUUUUCUACUAUUAAUUAAGUUUUUUUCUGAAAUUUUUUCAUGUGAUGUCAGGCAUUCUCGAUCAAAAGAAAAUAUAAAAGCAAGAUGCUGCUCUGAUGCUGAUUUGAAUAGAUUUGCUUUUUAUGCUUUAAAUUGCUUAUUAUAUGUAUCGCUAGGGGAUUAUCAAAUUGAGUACCAAAUAAUUUCAUUUUCUAUUUCAACCUAUGUCUUUUUCCAGACCUUAAAUUAUUUACCUUAUUAUAAUUUUAUAGAAAAUUCUAUUCAAGCAGUCAAAUUAUCAGCUAUUUCUGGGUUUUUGUUAAUUUUUUUAUUUGGUGAACUCUUAGAUAAUUCGCUUAUAAUUUUGUGGAUGAAUAUUUUUAUAUUUAACUUAAAUUGAUUUAACCCUUUCGAGAGCUAGUUUUUGGGUAAAACUCACUCUCCGUGAAAAUAAUUUUUAAUAAAAAAAGAUUUUAUAUAUAAAUGAUGAUUAUUAUUAAUGGAAUCUCUAGGGAAUUCUGUUAAAUUUUAAGCUGAUUGUAUCUGAAACAUAAAUUUUGCAAAUUAAAUUAAUUUCUGCUUUCUAAUUUAAAUUUUAAAAUAAAUUUUGAGCUAGUAAAGUAUUUUUUAUUUUGGGGGAAUUAUAGAAAAGUCCUCUUGCUGCUACUCACCUCCAUAUAACGCUCCACUGCCAACUUACCAGCCUGGGCACAGCCUUCUAAACUGAUCACCUUUUCACUCAAUACCGGAGAGUCAGAGACACUACCACUAUGCCGCCUGCCAGUAGGGUUAGACUUUCAAGAAUUCAUCUGUCAUCGUGCUGAGUAAUAUGCCCGAUUGACCAGCGAAAAACCUCUGGCCUUGCUGGACAUUCUAUUUCCAAUUCCGACAAGCCAUCUCCCCUCUAGUUAACCUUGGCCUGGAUUUGAGCAUGUGGCUGGCUAGCCCGAUAUCAUGCAUCGCAAAUGCAAGCAAGCCCCUUCCACAAGCUCCCAGCUUUCCUAAUGAAGCUUACCUACUACAGGUGUUGAGAAGGCAGACCAGCUUGGCACGCCAUUUUAGCAUAUGAUAAUUUUUAUACAGCCUCUAAUAUUUUACUUUGUCAUAAAAAUAGUCAAGCAUUUAUAUAAAAACCUCAAUAAAGAAGCCACUGAAAUAAAAAAUCAAUAUGAGUUUGAAAGAAAAUUCCGCCAUUUAUUAGUCGACAAAGCACUUAUUGAUAAAAGUCAUGUCUUAGAUUUAUUCGCAAAAUUUUCUAAAGGAAAACAAUUUUAUAGGUCAAAAUUAUUUGUUGUUUGGGAAUUUAAUUUUUGUCUGUAUAUUAUUAAAGAUGAAAGACUGGCGAGAGUAAAAUUGGCGAAAAUAGGAGAAAUUCCUUCUACUUUUGAAGGAGACGCACAAGAGUGGAGACUUUUUAAUUGGCUGAUUGAUAAAAAGUGCUCAAAUUUUCCAGAUACGAAUUAUUUGGAAUAUUUAACUGAACUCAACAGAGUUAAAACCAAAGAUGAAGAACUUUGUUGUAUUUUAGUCGAAUUAAAAGCUGAAUUUUCUUCAAAAGUCCCACGACUUCUGAAAUUACUGAACUUAGCAAAUCAAAUUCAUUGUCAUAUUGAAGAAAUUAAAGAAGAAUACAAAAAUAUUGUAGAAAAAUACAAAAAUAUUGACGCUUUUGAGCUUUAUGGGAGUUUUUUAGAAAAUAUUUUAAAAGACCAUGAAGAAGCUUUGAUGGUAAACAGAAAAAAGCAUGGGAUUAAUUUGUUUAAUAUGCGUGGAGAAGACAAAAAAUUAGAAAAAUAUGGCAAAGAAAAUGCAACACUUUUAAUUUCAGCUUCAAAUACUACAUUUGGCAGCAUUGUAUUUUUAAAUGAAAAAGCUGCUCAAAUUUUAUACCCGAUAAAGAAAGCCAAUAAAUUAUUUUUAAUUAAAAUAAUUUUCUAAAUAUAGUAUUUAACCAUUUAAAAUAAGAAUAAAAACAUCAAUAAAUGAUGCUUGCGGAUUACCUUUUACGAAUUUUAUCCCUCCGCCGUAUAAUGGUACUCAUGAAAAGUCAAUGAAAAAAUAUUUUUUUAACUGCCAAAAUAUUGAUAUACCUUUUCACAAAAGUCUUCCUUUUCUUACUAGAAAUGGCUAUAUAAAAGAGUGCAAUAUUUUAGUUAAAUUGACAGCUUUUCACAAUCAUGCUUAUUUUUUGUUAUCAUUUAAAGAAAAAUAUUCAAGUAGAGAGGUCGCAUUGAUUUCGGAAGAUGGGCGGAUUUACUGCCAUUCAGAAUUUUUUACAUUUUUGAUUGGAAUCGAAGCUCCAGAUGUAAGGAAUAAAUAUACACUAUAAGUUGAAUAUUAUUGGCUAGAAAAUUAAUUUAUGAAAUGAAAAAUAUAAUUAAUUAAUUUUUCUAACUCAUCACCACUUUAAAUUGGAAAAAAUCAAUUUUUGGGAUGCUUUAAUCACCUUUAAAUUGGACAAAAAAUUUUUGUUUUCAUUUGGAAAAUUUUAUCUAAUUUUUAUAAAAUUAGUUUUGACUAAUUUACGGAAAAAGUUCAAGUAAUAUAUUAUAUAAACAGUUUUCACACUGAAUGGAUCAAUUUUUGAAUUAUUUCUUGAUAAAAAUUAAAAAUAUUUGGCCCAAUUUAUAUUUUGUUUUGAAAAAAAUUUAUUGAGUUAAAUUAACCCUGAAACGGAAUUUUUUGUUCCAAUUUAAAGGGGAGUAAAGUAAUAUAAACAUUGCUACUAAUUUUCCUAAAAAAAUUACUGUAUUUCUGAACUGCUACCAAUGCUUGAUUUUUAUAAUAUGGAGCCUUUUGAGCCAUGAUUGCUUCCUUUUGAAGGCAAAGAGCUAGCAGUCAUCCACACAGUUCGAAAGAUGAACUCAAUUACUCUGCACUUUCUAUUAUUAGUCCAUGACGAAAAAGAAGUAAAAAGAUGAAAAGAAGGCCAGGAUUUUGACCAAAUCGAGUUUUUUGGAAAUUCCACCAUAAUUGAUGACUAUGAUGAGCCCUCACAAAUUAUGGAAAAAAGAUUAAUAAGGCAAGCUUCAAAAGUCAGGCUCCACACCGUUAGCCAAUAUAUUACAUCAGUUUCUAAAUCUACUAUUAAAGAAGAAUCAGAAAUGCCAACAACACAAUUAACGAUUUUGGCUGCAGAAAGCCGAGAAUUAGAAACUUUCGACGAAAAAUCAGGGGCCACAAGCAACAAUGAGUCCCACAAGCUUUCAGCUAAAGCAAGUAAUUUUUAUAUAGGGCAUGCCCAGAGACUUAUAAUUUCUUCAAAAAUGAAAAUAAGGUUUCUCCAAUUGGUAUUAUUUUUUACUGUAAAAAAAAAUUAGAUUUUAUCUGUAAUUAUUGGAGUCAUUGCAAUUUUAUCAUAUAUGGUAAUUGACGUAUCCCAUACGACACCACUAACAAUUUUUACCCAUCUUGGCCAAUUAUUAUAUGAUUUAAGCAUUUCUUCUGAUUUAGCAAGAAUAUUACACAAAGAAAUAGUCCUUGGGCUAUACAAACAAACAAAUCGCUUAGCUGAUGUCCAAGCUUUAAUUACCGAUUUGCGUAGUGUCCAAGAAUUUAUUUUUUCUGACUAUGACCAAUGAAGUUACUGCUCUAGCUCAGAAGUUGUCAUGAAACCUAUAAUCCCAGCAUGGAAUUUAGACAAAGAUCAGCCUGAGCUCAUAAAAGAAAAUCUUUAUAAUAUCGUCGACAAAUUUAUUUUAAAUGUAACCAAAAAUUAGUGAGAAAAUUUAAUCGUAGCAGUCAAUAGAAAUGAAAGCUAUAUAAAAUUCGUAAAAUAUAUCGUCAUAAAUAGUGUCGAUUUUUCCUAUGAAUAUGCAAAUUUAACUAUGAAAGGACUAGUUGACUGUGAAAUUGAGAGGGUGAAUUCUUUUGGAACAAAUAUAAAGGCUCUUUUAAUAUGCGGAAUGUGAGUCCUUGUAGGGUUUUUUGCAAUUAUAAUUGGAUAUGUAAUAAUGGCUGACAGGUCAUAUAAUGCUUUUUGGAAUUUUAUGUUGAAUAACUCGCAGGUGUCAUUAAUACAAUUAAAAAGAGAAGCAAUUGAUAGGCUGUUUUCUUAUCAUGGGAUUGACUAUAAAUCAGAAAUUUUAGAAAACGAUCAAAAGAAUAUGCAUAAACACUCGAAAAUAAAAACUGGCCUUAAUAGGAAAUAUAUAUUAAAAGUCAUGAUUUUUGUGGUGAUUGCAUUGUCUUACUAUUUUUUAAUGUACUGUUACUUAUAUGCAGAGUGUGAAAAUUCGAUGAUAAAAAGACCAAAAUUAUUAACUCCUCCCUCCGUGAGUGAACAAAAGCAUUGGAAAAAUCCCGUUUUUUUUGCCAAAAACACACCCUCAUUUAUCGAGCUAAAAUUUUUUAAUAGAAAAAAUUUUUUAUGAAAAAUGUUUUGAUGAAUAAGUAAUUAUUAAUAUAAUGAAAUCUUCAGCCAAUUCUGUUAAAUCUAAAACAAAUGACAUUUUAAAAAUAAAUUUUACAAAUUAAAUAAAUAUUUGCUUCCCAAUUUUUGUGAAUUGGGAUUUUCGAAAAAAAAAUUUAAAAAAAAAAAAAUUAACGUGAGUGAACCAAAUUUUUUUUUUGACUCACGAGGGGGCGAGUAAGCAAUUUUAACAUAAGAAGAGCUUUAUUAGCUCGUAUAAGUUUUUUCGCAAAAGAUAUAUACACGCCUUAUUUAUACCAAAAUUUCAAGGAUCUUUAUGGGUUUUCUAAUUCUUAUACGAUGCUUUCUACUAGCAUUGCCUUGCUUGAUGAAAAAAUGGACGAAAUGCAGAAGGAAAAAUACCAAAAUUUAAUGUCUAAUAAAUUAUUAGACAGAAUAUAUGAAAAAAUAGAUUCUAGUGUUCGAGGUUUAGAUUAUGGAUCGGCAGCUGCAAAUCAUGCAGCUCUUUUCGAUGCUCGGUAUAUAACCAAAAUGUUUCCUCCAAAUAAUACUUUUAUGAUCAUAUAUACCAGCUUAAAGAUUUUAAAAACUUGGGAUUUAUUAUAAUCGCUGAAUUAUUUAAAUAUUUUUAAUAUUACUAAAAUAGGUUUAUAUCAAUUUUAUACAUAAGAUUGAAGACGAAAUCGGAUCACAAUUUAUCCUGGUUGAUGAAAAUUCGAAGGAUUUAAUAAAUAGUCAGCUUGCAAAUAUCAUUAUAUGCACAGUUUGCUACUCAAUUGCUUUAUGCUUUUUAUUUUUCUUUUAUUAUUUCCCAUAUUUAAAUAAUGAAAUCAGGCAAUUCUCAAGACUAUUAGUUUUGCCGCUACUGUUGCCGAUGGAGGAGAGUAAAAGGAUGCAAAUUGGGAAAGAUAAAUAG